AUGGAUGGAUCCUGUCCACUCCUCUUUCCAUCUUUUGGGGAGAAAAAUAACUCUGAACGAGGAAUCGGAUAUACAACACAGAAAGUGUCUUUAUACAGGCCAUCCUCUGAUGCAAUUGAUCUUGGAUACCAUACUCUUGACAACAGUGGUUGCCGUGUGCCUUCCUCAUCUGCUAUUACAUCUGUACCUACGAGACAACAACCGCUGUCACAACAGAAAAGAGCAUAUGUUACAGGUCUUUACCAACUUGACGAUGAGUUGUUAUUAAAAAUUUUCUCCUGGUUAAGUACUAGAGAUCGCUGUGCUUUGGCGCAAACUUGUAGACGUCUAUGGGAAAUAGCGUGGCAUCCAUCCUUAUGGAAGGAAGUUGAGAUACAGUAUCCUCAAAAUGCGACUAUAGCACUAAAUGCUUUAGCACAGCGAGGAUGUCAUUCUUGUAUUCGCCGGUUGAUAUUGGAAGGUGCCACAGGUCUUCCUGGAGUCUUUCGACAACUGCCAUUUUUAAGUUUAACUUCUCUAAUUUUGCGUCAUUCGCGACGCGUCACGGAUGCUAAUGUGACUGCCAUUUUAGAUAAUUGCGUGCAUUUAAAAGAAUUAGAUUUAACUGGAUGUGUGAGUGUGACUAAAGCUUGUAGCCGGAUAACAUCGUUGCAAUUACAAUCGCUUGAUUUAAGCGAUUGUCACAAUAUUGAAGAUUCUGGUUUGGUAUUAACGCUCUCCCGUAUGCCACAACUUGCGUGCCUUUAUCUCCGACGAUGCGCACGUAUAACCGAUGCCAGUUUCGUUGCUAUUGCAUCUUACUGUGGAAAUUUACGACAACUUUCUGUAUCUGAUUGCGCAAAAAUAACAGAUUUUGGUGUACGUGAAGUGGCCGCACGUCUAGGGCCAUCGUUAAGAUAUUUUUCUGUUGGUAAAUGCGACCGUGUAUCUGAUGCCGGUCUGCUUGUGGUAGCCAGACAUUGUUAUAAAUUACGUUACUUGAAUGCACGUGGUUGCGAAGCACUCAGUGAUAGCGCUACUUCGGCUUUGGCACGUGGAUGUCCACGGCUCAGAGCUCUUGACAUAGGAAAAUGCGAUAUCGGUGAUGCCACACUCGAGGCUCUUUCCACAGGCUGUCCUAAUUUGAAAAAGCUCUCUCUUUGUGGUUGCGAACGAAUCACAGAUGCUGGACUGGAAGCAUUAGCGUAUUACGUACGUGGUUUGAGACAGUUAAAUAUCGGAGAAUGCCCUAGAGUAACUUGGGUUGGAUACCGCGCAGUUAAACGUUAUUGUCGUCGAUGUGUUAUAGAACAUACUAAUCCUGGUUUUUCCAGUUGAUCCAUAUUUACUUUAAUCUCCUGCUUCUACUAUCUGCGAUAUAUUUAUUAACAAAUAUCAAUUUCAUUGCUUAAUUAAAUAUUAAUUUAUACGUAUAGAAAAAAAAGCGGCGUAUACUGAAAUAGAUUGUAAAAAUAUAUAUUUUGCGUCUUGCUUAAAAAACGCAUUCGCUAUUUAUUGUUUUUUUUAUAUUUUAAUACAUUAUACAAGGGUAAUAAAAUGUUAAAUUUUAUACUUUAAUAAA